GCUCCUAAUUGACGGACACAGGAGUAUAUCUUUAUAAAUAAUUCUCAAGCCAUUUCCAUCUUCAACUACAAAAACAACAAUCAUGGCUAUCACUAAACCAACCCAUACACUCAUUCUUCUACAAAUCUUCCUCUUCAUCACCAUCUCCAUGGCACAAAACUCAAACCUCUUUAGAGAAUACAUAGGAGCAGAGUUCUUAAAUGUAAAAUUUCCUGAUGUACCCAUCAACCCAAAUGUUCAAUUUGAUUUCAUUCUUUCCUUUGCAAUUGACUACACAAAUUCAACUUCUUCCCCAACACCCACAAAUGGAAAAUUCAACAUCUUUUGGGACUCUAAAAACCUCUCACCUUCCCAAGUUUCUAGCCUUAAACAUAAACACCCAAAUGUAAGAGUAGGACUAAGCAUAGGAGGUGAUAGUAUAUUCGGAAACCCGGCUUAUUUUCAGCCUAUUUCAAUAGAUUCAUGGGUCAAAAAUGCGGUUUCAUCAUUAGCCCAUUUGAUCAAAUCAAAUCAUCUUGAUGGUAUUGACAUAGAUUAUGAGCAUUUUAAGGGUGAUCCAAAUAUUUUUGCUGAGUGUAUAGGAAGGUUAAUAUUGACUCUUAAGACAAAUGGGUUGAUAAAAUUUGCAUCAAUUGCUCCAUAUGAUGAUGAACAAGUUCAAAUUCAUUAUAUUGCUUUGUGGAAGAAAUAUGGGCAUGUUAUAGAUUAUGUUAAUUUUCAAUUUUAUACUUAUGAUAAUAGUACAAGUCUUCUUCAAUUUAUUGCUUAUUUUGAGAAACAAAGGGAAAAUUAUAAAGGGGGUAAGAUUUUGACUAGUUUUAUUAGUGAUGGAAGUAAAGGAUUGCCUCCAGGAAAUGGGUUUUUUCCUGCUUGUAAGAUUCUUAAGGAAAGGAACCAACUUUUUGGGAUCUUUGUUUGGUGUGCUGAUGAGUCUAAGAGUUUAGGGUUUAGAUAUGAAAAGGAAGCUCAAGAACUGUUAGCAGCUCAUUGAUUUUACUAGCUCUUAUUUGGAACUCGACUUGACUCAACUCAAGUCGACUAGUAUUCAAUUAUAAUCAAUUCUAAUUAAUUUUUAUAAUAAUAUUGUCUUUUUCGUUAAUUGGUUUUUAAUUUUACCAGAAAGCUCUUAUGACUAGUUUUGUAUGUAGUAUAAACGGUGAUAACGAGGAUGAAAAAUUAAUGUAAUUUUAGUUGAAAAAUCUUUUGACUAUCUUAAUGGCUAUGUAUGUCCAACUUCAAUCA